AUCCUGAUUAAAAUUCCGAGGUUUAUCCUUCAUUGUCCUUGCUGAUGGCCUGAUCUAGCCAAGCCAUUUACAGCUACUUAACUAAAGAACCUAUGCAUCCUACUGCUUAAAUGUUCGAAUAAGUGGCUAGGGCAGGCAGAAAGCAGCUACCAGACUACUGCAUGAGAAACCACUGUAUAUUUAUAGGGAGGCACCUCCCAGGCAACAAACGGAUGAAAUGAGAGGAUUAUUUUGGUGUGUUCCACGGUUUUACUGGACAUGACUAACUAUUUUUACAAACCCAAUGGUGUGCCGCAAAAUUGGCAGUCUUCUGUUCUAUGUGCGUCCGAUCCGAUAGAACCGUUCGUGCACCAAAUUGAUCGGGCACAAUUUAGUCUGUAGGACUAAGGUACAGUAGCAGGCGCACGAUUUUCGGAUCCGACCCUAUUUUACAGCCUUUCCAAGGUCAUGAGGCGUAUUCUUUUGAUCAGGUCUGCGAGUUGGAUCAAGAGUUAAAGUAUUGCAAAGCUUUGACAGACUGUUGUUAAAGUAGGUGAAAGGGUUAACAAAAUCUUUGUUGUUUUUCAGGCCUUUCGUAUUCAUACUCGAAGUAGCAGUAAAAUACUUAGGAGAAAAUACUGGAAAUGCGGCGUGGCUUCUGAGCCAGUGUGUAAUAUGUAACCGAAUGAAUGAUCUUCAUAAAAGUGUCAUUCGAGUGUUCGCCUGCGUACGAGCACAACGCAUAGGAGUCCCGCUCAAGAAGAUAAUUGGGCCUUCCCGUUUGCGUACUCACUCGACCUUGCAGUCAUGGACCUUUCCAUAAAUGUUCUUGAGUUAACUGACCAAUAUACAACCGUUUGGAAUUUGCCUGAACAGUCGAAGGCAUUGUGAGGGAGAAAGCAUAAUCUGGCUGACGUUUGCAAAGAACCCGGGCUGAUUUUCCACCGAACGGGCUCUGCUUAUGGGAGAGGCCUUUACGUUUGAAAGGUAUUACGCGGUUACUUUUGAUACAGGAAAAGCACGUUGGAUUCCUGCUGCCUAUACGACCACAAGGUGGUUUCUGACGGCAGUCUUGGCAAAAAAAUGUACAGCAGUCAUCUCACCUUAAAGAGCGUAAUCAUUUACUGCGAGCCCUGACUUGGAAGAUUGCAGAAACCGCUUGUUUCACUCUAGUGAGAUCGUCGGCCAUGCCUCCAUGGCCGAGUUUAGCGUAAUUCUCGUUUUGUAAGGCAAAUGAACUGCCAAUCACAUUGCGCGUCAUCGUUGAAUUCCUUUUUAAGUCGAGGAGAUGUUGCCUUGGUUGAUCAGUCAACUGAGCAGCGACUCCGCAAUACCUUCCAUAGACUUCUGCCUUACCCGACCUUCUAGAUUGACGCAGUUGUGCUAAUGCGUGUCCAGCCACCCGAAUCAGGGUUAAGCUCCCAGUUUCGUGCUUAAAUCUCGGUAGAAUAACUAUCAUCUGGUUUAACGUGUGACGACAUCGGGUCUUUCGGCCUCAUAAAAAGGAUUGACUUGUAUGACUCCCUCAAACAGAACAUGAGAACAGGAACCGCCUGCAAUAGGGUGGCUUUGAGGCAACUCGCAGUGAAGUGAGGAUUAGGCCUAAGGGUACGGUUAGGUUAAAGAUUAGAUUUGAGGCUAGAUUUGAAGCUAACGGAAGUGUGUCAGGACCAAGUUUAGGGUUAAGGUGGGGGCUAGUGUUAACUGCAGAGUUAAUGUUUAGAGUGGACUUAGGGCCCAGAUUAGGGCAACGGUUUAGUUCUAUAUUUGCAUUAUUGUUGAGAUCAGACACAGAAUUAUUUUGUCCACCUUUAUUACUUCGGUGGCGUCCUCCUACUCCCAUGUCCUGUUUGAGGGAGUCACAUAAGUCAGUCCCACCGAAAUAAGUAUGUACAUGGACAGCCUCUUUCUUACUUUGUUUUGAGCAUUAUGUCAUGACUAACGGCGUUCUAUACCUCGUUGAUGUAAGCUGUCACUUGCUAGGAUUAGGGCCCCUCCUGCUUUUCUGUAUGCACUGUAUACUUAAAUUUCCGAGCUGGCCGUUGGCUUUGAGUGACUUCGGAGGGAUUCUGUUUUUGUGAUACUAUCAACACUUACAUUAAUUUUUUCUCAGCAGAUAGCACUUCCGCAGCCACAUUCGCCGUUGAUUGUGCGAUUGCUUUUGAAGUUCUGUACUUCCAUGGCGUUUUUUGGUUUUCAGAAGACGAGGUGGCCAGCCUACGUAGCUUUCGAUAAAUUCUCGUCGGACUAGUACAGUUAUAUGGGAACGGAGUAGAAGUAAAACAUGUCAGCGAUAAGAGAAAUCGAUAAAAGUUCUCCUUAAAACACAGGCGGGGUGUGGGAAUGUGGGGAAAGGGGGGGGGGGUAAUAGCAGUCAUUGUCGGGGCCGGGGUGAGAGCGGAAGUGCGCGGGGGGAGUCGCACCGAUCUUCAACCACUGUAGGCGCGGAGCCUGAACGUGGUUCUUCCGUACGCACAAGAUUGGCUUUCGUAACCUGAUGGCGGCCGCUUCUGCUGUUGCUAACAGGCGCUGGCCUAGUAUCUUAGGUUAGCUCGAUGGGACCUUCUCAACCGCACUAAACGCUUCGUUGGGGUCCACACGAUGUCCGGAAUCGACAAUAUGCGCGAGAAUGGCGCUGCUUAUGCUCCUCGUUUCGUCUUUUCCCAGCCAUGCCGGGAGGUGUUCCCGUAUUGUCUUGGAUAAGUGCCGACUCGUGCGACCAAUAUAAUCUGCUCCACAGGAGCAAGUGAAGAAAUAGUGUUGCACAUUGAGGUGGUUUUUGGUGUCAACUUAUCCUUACCUUCUCCGCGUAAAAUAGGGUUAGUAUAGAAUGCUAUUUGAACCCUUGCUGCUGGAAAGGUUUGCGAGACAGCUUGAUCAAGGCGUCUCCAUAGGAGUUCACUCGCAGCGUCCCCUUGGAAAGGGACUUUGAGGAACAAAGUCUUCUUUUCGGCGGUCGGUGUGGCGGGUUUGAUUGGUCGUUCGACAGUGUUCUUUUCAAUAAACCUGUCAGGAUACCCUUUUUUGCGAAGGAAAUCCUGGAUUUUUCUGAGCUCCUCCUCGAUGCUAUCUGUUGAGCAAAUUUUUCUAGCUCUUUGUACCAAAAAUCGGACUAAAUUUCGUUUUUGGAUUGGUAGGGAACUGGCUAAGUUCGUGUAUUGUCCAGAUCAGGUUUUCCUCCGAUAGACACUUCUUCGGACACUCCCGUUAGGUCUCCUGCUUAGAAAAACAUCUAGGAAAGGGGGCGAACCGGCCGUUUCGUUCUCCAGCGUAAAUUUGGUCGACGGAUGUGCCUGCUUUACAGCAUAUAAGAGGGUAGCAACAUCGGUUUCUACAGUGGCAAUUGCAAAGAUAUCGUCAGCAAAGCGACCGUAAUGUUCAAUCUUAUCGAUCGGAUCGCUUAGUUAGAAUCUCUCCAAUUUUUUGUUUUCUUAAAUGCAUCCAUUUUGGGGCCAUAAUGACUUACAUGAAUGACCAAAAUAUAAAGGAAGAUCAGCCGACUGUUACCGUGCAUCGUUAGCGAUAAUAUUGCUGGAUACCACUUAUGAUUUGGUGAGGUUCUGCGUCACCAUGAGAAGCAGCUUUUCUACACCGUGCCACAGAAUGUCACGCUCUGCUUUUACCAUAGCAACCACCCGACAAUCCAGAUGCCUGGUAUGCUAAUGGUGGUGCCAGGAAGACAAUCCUUCUCUAUAUAUUAGAUUUUCACUUCCUUCGCUUCUUUCUUCUUCCAGACGUCGACAUUCGUCGCCUAACUACUGAAGUCGUUUCUCCAUCGGGUCGUGUCCUACCUUGCGAAAUAGUCUCUGUCAAUGAUGGGCAGUUCACGAUUCGCUUUGUGCCCCAAGAGGUCGGGGUGCACUUGGUCAACGUCCUCGAACGAGGAGUGCAUAUACCGAGUAAGUGCUCAUCCCCUACCCCCUGUGUCACGAUCGUUUUCCCUCUUACGUUCUUCGCAGUACUACCUGACCUUUGUACCCUGUGUGCUCGUGUGUGCAAAUAUUUGUUUGCUCUUGGCCUAGCUAUCGAGGCACGUUCAUCCGAUUUCUACCGUAAGUUGAUCGGCUUUCCCAAAAACAAAAUGUUUUAUACUGGCCUACGGUAAAUGCCUCUGUGUGUGUGUUUUAAUUUUUCCCAAAAAUGUAAGCACCGCGUAGUCGUGGCUGCCUUUCUCUACGCUACGACUUAUUUGCAUAGACCUUUCCUCAAACCGAGUGCACACGAAACCGCUCCCUACCAGUCGUUUGCCUGUUUAAGAAAGUAGUUAAACGCCUCAAGAGUCAGCACUCGUGCUUGCCUCUACUUACGUACGCAGUAUCCACAGGCGAUGAAUCCAGGACUCGCUCACUCACCCCCUUGCCACCCGCGGCGCGUAGCUUAAAUGACACGCACACACAAACUGGCACUGUUAUGUUGUGCUUGUGCAAACACACUCAUAAAACUUUGUGCCGCAACACCGUCCCUGCCAAACUGAAUUGAGUUAAACAUCGUCUUCGUCUGAGGUCGGUUCUUAGGGAAGUGGAACGCAGGUACCUGUCUAACCUCGGUUUCCUGAUUAAUUCAUGCGCCGUGCUCAGCGUUAAUGAGUCACAUUGACACUCUGAAGACGUUGUAUGCAUUUGAUGCGAGCGUUCCUACAAGCGACGAAAAUGUGGGGACAUCGGGGAAGGAGGGUGUUUAGAAUAGGCCUCUUCUCGUUCUCUCUUCACCUCAGAAAUGUCUAACUUUUUACCUUUUAAGCCGCGUUUCUCUAUAGGGCUUUGUCGUUAUCAGAGGGUCCGGCUGAGUAGUCCGUUGUUGGCUAGCCCGCCUGUUUGGGCGCGCACUUUUACUAUGUACCAUUUUACCCCACAUUCUAUGGAUCUGAAUUGACUGAUUGUUGCUGCUUUGACCAGUCUAAACUCUUUGACAAACAACAUAAGAUUUUGUGGGAGAAGUAAUUGCGGUCUAAGCCGUCAAUUAGCCUGAAGUGAAGAAUCCCAAAAUUUCUCGACUCACAUUGGCCUUCGGUACAUCUGAACGACUACCGUAGUCGUUUUGAAGCAAGAACCUAACGCGCUAGACUCAAACGGGACACCCAUCGCCAAAUGUGAACUUUCCAAUGUUACAGUUGUUGGCAACUCCGAAACACAUUUUCUCGCCGUUAAGUGACCGAGGGACGCAGGUUAAACCUUUUUGUGCAGAUUUCAAUGGGACUCUAUUUACACCUCAUUGGCAUCAGAUGUCUGAAGUUACCUUGACCGAUGACACGUGCACCGCAUCCAAGUAGUGAACCACCACCCACAUGUUUUCUGUUUGCCUUUGUUUUACCGUCCUUUUUGUUCUUUUAUUGUCACAUUGUUCCUUUACAAAGCCGCGUAUUUGCCACACACUCUCAAGUAUCUGUCUUGCACAGGCUCCAGUUUUGGCUCUCGACGUUCCACCCAGUACAGACUGCAUUCUUCUGACACGUUUCACCUGCAAAAACCAGCUCUGGCAGUGCCACAGCUCUACCGUCGCCUCAUCAUCGGAGAAAUUUCAUUUCUGAGCAGUGCUCUGACUCUGUACCGUAUUUCCCUUUUUUUCAGACAGUCCAUUCCAAUUUACUGUGGGCCAACCGGCAGAUGGCGGCGCCAGCAAGGUUCGCGUAUCCGGCCGCGGUCUAGAGUAUGGUGUCGUCGAUGAACGCAACGAAUUCUCCAUCUAUACCCGCGAGGCUGGUGCUGGUAGCUUGUCAAUCGCAAUUGAGGGCCCGAGCAAAGCAGAGAUCUUCUUUGAGGUAACUUUUCAGUCUGCCUGACUUUUAGCCAACUACAGUAACGCCGCCUUGAUUACCGCGCUCUGCCCAGUGUCACUGUUAAAUUGUAUGCCACGCAUUUUCGCCGGUCUGCCUGUGGUCUUUGUUGGUUUUGCAUGCACCUAUUUGCAUACCUUUGAAGAUCGUCUGGAGUUGAGCCUAGUCUGUUGUUCUUGCAUUGUUCGUGAACUCUUUCUGAGUAAGGCUGCGGGCUGGUCAUUAACUUGAUUUGUGGCGUCUUACUUCACUCCUCCCCAACUGUUCAGUAAGUUAUACGUCUGGGCAAGGCAUCGGAUCUGCUUAUCGUUUGAAUUUAACCACUUUGGCAGAAUAUGUGAGGUGUGUUUGAUUAUAGUAACGUCUGUUGUAAUUCGAGACAUCUAACAACUCACUCAUCUAUGGGUAGACCCUACUCCUAGUCUACUAUCAAACAUGACCCGAAUAGUGAUUCCCACUGAAGCGAUUAUGCAGCAAAGCUUGGAUCCGCUUGUCCGCAUGUGCGUCAACUUCGGACUAACCAUCAAAACGAUAAACAAAACGGUUCCUCAUAAUCUGGCGUCAGUCGUUAAACAUACAGUAACUUCGGUCAACCAAUGGUAAAUGCCUCACAGCGAACUCUUUUUAUCAAGCAAUUCCGCAAAAAUCCCAGAACUAAAGUCACUGAAGAGCGAUUCAGGGUUGCAAAUAAUGGCGUGAUGUCAAUUUUUUUAUCAUUUUUAAGAUCUAGGUUUGCGCUUACGAGAUCCAUUUACACUUAUUACAUCCUUUCUGUAGGAUCAGCGCGACGGCUCCUGUGUUGUCUACUAUCGCGUUCGCAAACCUGGUGAGUACGUCUGUUCCAUCAAAUUCCGGGACGAACAUAUUCCUUUCUCGCCCUUCAACAUCUACGUCACCGAUCCUAAGGAGGCUGGAAGGGUGUCAGCAUACGAAAUUCCUGUUCAGUACGUCGCGCCUGGGGCUGCACAGGACAAGGAUGAUGUAGAGGUAAGCAAAAGAUAGCUUUUUCUGAAAAGAAAGAAACUAAAAUGCUGGAAAAAUUAUCUUAUUAGUCUAGUGUUUCGAGUACACUUCUUAUCUCAAAGAUUGAGUUCUUUUUUUCUGCUUCCUGGAGAUUGAUCUUUCGCUUUUAUCUGAGCCUUCUCUCUUUUUGCACAUUGGAUAUGACAAUGUGACACAGCUGGAGACCCAUUUGUCAGUAUUUAUAUAGACUUCCGCAAAUAACGGAACAGAGUUCCGUAUUGUACUGGGACAGAGACUUUUUUCCUGGCCUUAAUGCAAUUUACAAUGUCUUUUGGAAAAUUUUCACCCUGGAAGGCAAACUGCCAUUCCCCUCAAGUUAGCUAUUACUACAGGGCAUUCAUAUACUUGCUUGGAAUCUGUCGUGGUGAGAGUUGCGUACGCUUUCCAGGGGCCAACAAGGACGUCGUAUUCUAGAGGUGGGCGUUUGGAGUGCUUUGUAAGUAAGGAAGGAUGGACAAGAGUAUACUUGUAGCUUUCGAUGACAAACAUUUUUACGAUGGAUUUUCCAGACACUAUGAUUCGAUUAAAUAUAACCACAUCUCUCCUUACUCGCGAGUUCACCAAUUGCCGCAGAUUCUCAUUCUCCUUUAAAAACGUACAGAUUUUCAAUAGAGGCGAAGAGACGAGUCCCAGGAAGGAGUCUUGGGGAAGGAGACAUGAUCGCUGGGACAAGAGCUUUAUUAGCCUGACGUUUCGGAUUCCUGCUCGAACCUAUCCUCAGAGACAAAAAGAAGAUACGGGUAUCUGUUUUAUGUUUCGGAUGAUGGGUUCGAGUAGGAAUCCGAAACGUCAGGCUAAUAAAGCUCUUGUCCCAGCGAUCGUGUCUCCUUCAAAACGUACAGAUAGUUUUCAUCUUCAUAGUGUCAUUAAUUAGCAUAGAUUACUAACAAAUUCAGUUACUGUUGUAGAAGAAAAUAUUCAUGUUUUCACGUCGAUCAAAUAAGUGUCUAUGAGUGAGCGGAGGGGAAAAUGAUGAAUUCAUUUGGAGUCCACUCUAACAAAGCUACACCUCUUAUCUAACCGUUACACCGCCAAUUUAUAUAGGAGCGACUAUAUGAACGGCUGUGCUGAGACUAACGUUAGGUUGAUGCCGAUAAUUAACGUCUCACUGUGGAAGUGGCUGAAAGUGACGGUCUUGGAGCCUAUACGAAGCCCAUAAAUUUACCCUAUCGGAGAGAUUUUUAAAAUGAGAUUAAAUCAUCAGUCUCGCCUCUCACUCGAGGGCUUUAUGACGGUUGAUGACCUCCAAAGCCCGAUGCGUUUAACUACCGCAGUCCCAGUUUAACUGCAUACUGACUGGCUAAAUUAUGAGUUCACAUUCACUUCCUUGAGCACUUUUCACUUCUGCUGGAACACCCGUGGCGUUGACUAAGUAGGGCACGGAAUUAUUCGCUCGUUUUCCCUGUACAAUCUUCCUACAAAGUGUCUUUUAUGUGGUAAAACAAGCAUGCAGCACAAAUACGAUUUUUUCAUCCUUAUGUAUUUAAAAAUACCACUUUUCAUCGCCUGAAAGGUUCCCAUUACCUCCAUUUUUGCAUUAGAUAGCGGUUUGCGCGAUAGUUUGGCGGGGUUUGGUUAGAAUACACAUAUCCGCGGCCGCUUGACUUGUCUGAUUUAACGAAAAAUUGUCUCCACCACUCUCCAACUUUCUUGCCUUUCUGCAUUCAGAUUGGACGCCCUGUCUUCUUCACAGUACACUGUUUGGAGUCGAAGCAAGUUCUUUUCGCCUCCGUGGAGACACCCUCAAAGAAACAAGAGGAGGCCACUGUCCAUCGUUUGGACGGGGAUCAGUAUGUUGUACGUUUCGUACCCCAUGAGAGCGGCACGCACCUAAUCUCGGUCUUCGUGGUGCCGGAAUCUGAGAGCCACUUGGGUGUCAAUGCACCAAGUCGUCAGGAAAUUGACGGGUCACCCUUCCGAAUCGUGGUGGGUGGCCAAAUGGCUGAUCCGAGCUCAGUUUUCGCCGUCGGAGAAGGCCUGACCCACGGAACCGUCGGUACGUCGAACUAACUUUGGGUAACAUCUUGUUUAUGCUUUUUCCAACACCACACGCUGGACUUAAAGAAGGAUGAUUUAAUUCUUCUUGCUAAGAAAUGAUAAUUGGCCGGUCAUUAAUUAUAGCUUUCUAGUUUCCUUUCCCCAGUUCUUAGUAAUAUUGGACGCGUAAUUGCAUCCACUUUAACAAAACCACAUCAGUUGGCAAAAGUCACUUUCCUGACACUGUUAUAAAAAUAGCUUCGAAAUCAGUCACAAUUUGACUGUCGUUGCCGACGAUGUCUACUGUGUACUCCACAGAAGGGCGAGAGCAGGGAUGCCUACUUACUCGUGAGUUUAAGUGGUCGUAGACUUGCGCAGCUUCCUAAUCACUCUCCUCCCCUUGCCGGGAACCCAUGUCAAGACAGAGUCAAGAAGACCGAAGGUGGGUGGCUACGCAGGUGGCUGGCAUGGCAAAAACCCUCACCUGGGCGUACCACCACACUCCUGGUCCACACAGGACACUAACCAGGUUUUUGUACCACAAUAAAAAUAUGGGGAGCGGCUCGGAUCCCACCAGACAGGAGUCGAAACCAGUAUUGUACUUGACACAAUCAACUGCUAGAGGUGAGGGCUUACUUGCUGAAGUCUGCGGACUACCGCCUACCUGUCGUUACAUCUCCGCCUUAAAAAUCAUGGUAUGCCUGAUACCUUGACGAAUCUUGACCACAAACCUCAGAUUUGAAUUCAGGUCUAAAAUAUUACUUAAGUAGGGCUAAGUAAUGUUAGUUGCGGAGUGUGACCUCGGCACAGAUUACGCGGUCGCAUGCUGUCGGUCUAUGGAGAACCUUGUUGGGUACCUACCGCAUUAUUGCCCCGUAAGUAACAUAUGCUAUCUCUUAGUUCUUGUACUUUCCUAAACGGACAGUAAUCCUCCUGGAACGGAAUGCAUCUGUAUAAUUUGCUUUGGUUACAGCUGAUUUAUGCGUAGAUUUGCGACUCGUCCAAUUGAAAAUGUACACCAUCUAAUAAUAGUUUAACGCCUCCGUUUGAAUACACCCGCGAUCUACUCCUGCAGAUUUUUAAGCCUGCCAACGAACCAAGUCAUCUUUUCCACCUCUGUCCUCAUGUUCUCUUUAUAUCAGGAUAUCGCCUUACGGGAACCUGUAAAAUAUUAUACAUUUUCAUUCGCGUACGGUGCACAUUUUUACUUAAAUUAUUUAUUGGAAUUUUCAGAAUGAAGUAUUUUAUUUUAAUUAUCUGUUUUAAGAACAGCUCGUUAGUCACUCUGUCCUGGUCAACCACCUGCAUUUGUUGAUUGAUGUUCAGUUUGGCGUAGCGUGACUUAACUACUUGGAAUACAACCCUAAACGUACAGUUAGCACCUAAGAUUUCAUUUGUGGCCCUCAGCUGUAGAACUUGCAGUCAAUUUCCAUCCCACCUUUAUCCACUCUCUGAAGGCAACAAAAAUAAAUUCUUCGUUAACACCGCCAAUGCCGGUAGCGGGGUUCUCAGUGUCCUGAUUGAUGGGCCUUCAAAGGUCCAGGUGACCUGCGAGGAACGUGAGGAUGGAUACGAAUUUGCCUACGUACCAACUGUUCCCGGCGAAUAUAAGAUCACUAUCAAAUAUGGCGGCAACUUCGACAUUUACGGAUCACCCUUCUAUGUGAGUAAUUUUCCUGCUUCUUUGCUAGAGGAGAGUGUGCACAAAAUUAUGUAAAAUAUGUCUUUAAAUUUAUGAGUCGUGGACGUUGUCGUGCAAUUCAAAGGCCGCCUUUGCACUGUUUCCGACAUUUUCCAUUUAGAUUUAUUGCGCGUCAUAAAAUAGAGAGGUGCUUACUCCCCGAAACUAGGCAUAAGCACUUUUAAGUUUAAAAAAUAACUUUUUAAGUUUAACCCAGCUGGUUUCCAUUAAAAUGAUAGCCUCCUAUCUUCUGACGAUAUUUCAAGUUUCCAUUUUUUCGCUUUGUUAGGGUCUAGUCGUUGAACCCCCCAUCAAGACCAGUUCAACAGUAUUACUGAUUCGUUUAGCUCACACUCAGAAUGUUCCGGUAUUAUAAUAUAUCUUAUAUUCUUGUUUAAGCAGACGACCAUAUCUGUAGGAGGCUGGGAUGUACAUGGGCGUUGAACAGACACCGAAGGUUGGGCGGAGUGUACGUUCUAGACAGAAAUGUAAUUGGCAGACGGUGAAAGGUCGUGUGAACUGGAGUCUUGAGCAAAACGCUUCGUCCAAUGUACCCCAGUUUGGAGCCAUGGCCGGCACAGGGACAGUUGAGCUGGCGUGCUCUGAGAGCUCGUCGACCUAAGUGGUAGGUUGUGAUAGCGGAAGGGAAGAUUGGAAUGGGCCUCGUUUGCCGUUGAUUGUCCAGAAACCGAUACUGCGGUUUUAUAGUGAAGGGUGAUUUGUGAGCGUCAUCGACAGCGAAGCUCUAUAAAUUUACCAUCGCUUCCAGAUUUUCGGCGUUCUAGCGUUUGGAACUCGGUUUAUACUAUGUCCAAUUCAAGUUCAGCAUGCGGUGAAGGUUAGGAGACGACACGAGUACGUGUAGAAAUUAUCAUUACUUCUGCCCACCACAUGGUCUGGAUGAUGGCCAUCCCGUAGUCAUCCAAAGGGCACUUUCUCUAUCCUUUGGAGUAUUUUACAGCUUCCCCCACUGAAUCUUCGAUAUACUCGCUGUAGACCGUUUGCAGAUAAUCGUAACAUUAGGAAUACCGGGUUAGCAGCAAAAAUAUUUCGAACACGUGAUUUUCUUUGACUGAAGGUUUCUGUCAUCCUCCGAUGGGGUCUAGUUUCUCGUUAUAUGGGAACUGGAAAUUGGAGGGAUCGCCUCCUCGCUGUCUCGACGUAUCCAAUUUUUCGAGGACUAUGAACUCACUUGCAUCGACGCACACAAGGCCUGGUUGCAGAAUCGUUGCGCGUUUCGGUUUGAUGGGUGAAGAACUAACAGCCUUUGGGGAGUCUUUUAUGCGGCCUCGCAAAGCAACAGACAGUGUUUGCGGAUCGGCUACAAAGUUCCGAGGGGGCUUUUACUAAUGAAGGUUACUAGAGCAGACAAAGUUAGGUGUAAAUGAAUGAGCAACGCAAAGAAAAGUCUUCAACUUUUACACCAAAGCAUCCAGACCCUUGUUAUUUCAAAGGUUGGGGAUCUGAAAUACGUCCUCUCUGAAUGCAUUCAUGUUCUUAGAAGCACUGGUUCAUGCACCUGCCUUGGACCGCCGAAAUAACUGAUGGUGACCCUGGGGUUGCAGUUAGGUAGGUUUCAGAAUUUACCAGUCCACCCACAGAUCAAGUUUUCCUGGCCUAAUCUAGGGCCGUUCCAAGUCCCCAAAAUGAAGACCCAUAUGUAGCCAUCGCCCUCUUCCUUGUCAAAUGCUCCUAGUUGCGUUUGGGUACAUGCAGACUUUGAGUCUUUUUCUUUGAUCUUCGGUUUAACAGUCAUCCCUCCCAAAUUCUUUACUUUAGGCCAAAAUCACCGGAGCUCCUAUGGGCGACAUCCCGGAAAUCAACAAUGAACAGACCAGCCUGCACCUGAAAACUGCCACAAAGACCCUGCAGAGUCAUCACUAUGAGUCCGUUGGCAUGGUAUCCAAUCCUAUUCCUGCAAACGUGCAAUGCACUGGCCUCGGCCUGAAAUACGCCAUGGUAAAUAGAGACAACUACUUCUACGUGAAUACGAGCGAAGCAGGUGAGCCUAACUGUUUAUUCCGUCUUCUUUUUGUUCGCAGUUCCUAUUUUGUCUUUACGUAUGUCCGCUGCUGUAAUGGGAUUCUUUGUUUCACUUACAAGUCAACACUACCCCGGGUACUCGUGAUACUUAUUGAAGACCAUUUCUGAAUCCUCAUGUGUGUGCUUUCUGUCCUCUUAUGUGCGCCAAGCUUAAGAUCGACUUUUUAUUCUGUAUCCUGUCUUUGCGUAGGCAAUGACCUUCUUCUCGCUGGAAUGGCCGGGCCGAAAUAUCCUUGUGAAUACUUCGAAAUUGAUCACAUUCGUGAUGAUCAGUACAAGAUCACUUAUCGAGUGAAGGAGGAGGGCAAAUACCUCUUGGUUGUCAAAUGGGGCGAUGAGCACGUCCCUGGAAGUCCCUUCGUUGUUGAAGCUGGCCCAGGUCGAUGA